AUGUACAUUUCAUCGUUAGUGGUUAUUACCCUCUAUGCCUUUGUGACAAGCAUUUGUGCAGCUCCGGCCGAAUACACUCUUAUAACAAGUAAACAGCACGGAUUGAACCUCACAUUCAAUGACUACUUGAACACUGUGGGAUUUGAAAGCGGCAGCUUUGACCGACAUUGGGUCGACGUACCGGUCACCAACGGCGUUAAGAACUGGCACUGUUAUAGAGCAAAGCAAUAUCCCCAGUUCGACUGGCUCUGGAUUCGUUUCUAUGAUCCAAAGUCUGGGGAGGUUGCAAGAACUCCCAAGUACAACAACCCUCCAUCCAUAUUUAAUGUUGAAACUGUCAGGGACGUUUCCUAUCUGAUAUCCCUCGAAACUACGAAUACAAAUCAACAACUGGCCUGGACCAUUGAGCGCAAUACCACUUCAGACCAGAAUUUUGUCUUGAAAUUACGACCUUAUACACGCUUACCCAGCCAAGAGUUUAUCAUCACUCAAGAGCUAGGGGACGAUUUAACGGGCCGUUAA